GGCUGGAGCAGAACCCUCUGGCCGGGGCAGAACCCACGUGCCGGGGCAGAACCCUCGGGCCGGGGCAGAACCCUAGGGCUGGGGCAGAACCCUAGGGCUGGAGCAGAGCCCUCGGGCCGGGCAGCGCCCUCGGGCCGGGGCUUUGGUGGCCGGGACAGCGCAAGCAGCGGAGCCAUGAGCCCGGCAGAAAAUACAAGAGAUAUCCUCGUGAUAUAUGAACAAGAAGCAGAAGAGUGGGCUCUGUAUUUAAAAUCUCUUUUUGGCCUCAUAGUGAAAAAAGAAGGAAUCUUACUCUAUGAUCUAGAAAAUUCAUCUUUCAAGCACCAGGAGCUACUCUGUUUACUGUCUUAUAAAUGUAAACUCCUGAUACUCUCAUGUGGACUUCUUAACUGCCUGAACCAAAAGAGAAGUUAUUUUCUGGAACAAGUUCUAAAACCUCUGGAUAAUGUGGUAAUUCUGCUUUGUGGAGUGGAGAAUUCAGAGAUUCUUUAUGAGAUACUGAGCUUAGCUGGAGGCAGCAAAGAGAUUUCUACUGAUCAGAAACCUGAGGAAUAUAUUUCUGUUGUUAAAGAAAUUAUUCAGACAGAUAAACCAUGGGAUGAAAAUCCUGGAGAUUCUGUGUCUUACAUUUAUGAAGCAGUUCUUGCAGAUGAUGACCAGACUAUCUCUGAUAUUAACUUGUCAGGUGUCAGGGGAGCAUCAGAAGAAACAGACUUCACUUUUAAAACAGAGGUACUUUGUGAAAGAUUAGAAAGUAACGAGCAGUCAAUAUUGGUGCUUCCAAGAAGAAUAUCAUGCGAGAACCCUGGUGAAAUAUUCAUUCUGUUGAAAGAGGAAAUGGAUGAAGAAACUCUAGAAAUUGAAUUCAUAACAGAUAAUCAACAAAUCAGAAUGCAGACUGCCUCUUGGAACAAAAAGGUCAAAUAUGUGAAAGCCCUAGAUUUUCCUGCUGGCCCUGUAUAUGUAAAUGUCUACUGUGGGGGAGUCAUUAAGAGGACAGCACAGAUUGAAUACUAUACUGCACUAGAGGAAAUUGAACCCAUUUUAAAGAAAGUGGCUGACCCAAUAGCUUUCACUUGUCAGGCAUUGAAAUUUUCUUCUGUGGAGAAGGUAGAUGAUAUUCUGACUUCAUUACUGAAAAACAAAAUAUCUACUUAUGAAUUCAGCCUACUCCAAAGUGAAGAAGAGCACCAUCACCAAGCUAAUAACCAUCGGGAAGAAUUUCCUACCCUGCUUCACUGUGCAGCCAGAUUUGGCUUGAAGAAACUUGCAGCAUUUCUGCUCAGUUGUCCUGAGGCCACAUGGGCUUGCAAAAUAGCCAAUAAAUAUGGAGAUGAUCCAGAAAGCAUCGCGAAGAAGCACGGGCACAAGGAAUUAAGAAAAUUAAUCAAAGAAUUGUCAAGCUAUGCAGCAAGUGAUUUCACUAAUUGCAAGGAGGAAGUGGAAGACAGCGACACUUAUGAGCUUAUGUUAGGCUUAGAAGCUCCACCAGCUGGGGCCAAGCAGAACUCAAGAGAUGAAUAUACAGUUGGAUUGAGAUGCCAGCAAGGAGUUGAGGUGGAUGAGGAAAAGAAGGAUGACCUAAAAGACAGCAGAGAGGAGACAGAAGAUGGAGAUGAAGAGGAGGAUUCAUACAGCCAUCACAACAGUCCUGGCAGUCUGUAUGUCAAUGUAAGGGAUGAGCUCAAAGAGAGCAGGAGAGAUUGCUUUUUCUGCAAGAGGCCACCCUGUCCUCCCCCUCGAAAUCUGCCUGGCAUCCAAAGACAGGACAAUCUGCAGAAUUCAUCACAAGAGAGGACUUUUGUGAUGGACAGGAGUAAAAGAGAGCAGGGUGAUGGACGCACAACCGCAUGCUGUGGAGAAGACCAAGGCUCCUGUGAGGAGGACAGUGAGGAGGAGCACCCCUACACUUGUGUGGCACAGGAUGAAGGUGUGUACGACUGCAUCCAGGGGCAGGAGGAGCAGGAGGAGGAGAAAAGGAAGCACUGCAGGUCCUUCAUCAUGAACAGACCACCAGCCCCUGCGCCCCGGCCCAUGCGCUCGCUGGUCAGGGAGGAGAACACUCCCUACAUUGUACAAGUGUUUCAGCAAAAGGCCAGUCGAGUGACCAGUGACAGCAGCAGGACAUACUGCGAGGCCAGAAAUCUUGAAGCACACAGAGGCCACACUGAGACAGUAACUUACAGCACUGUGGUACACAAGAUCUCUCCUGAACAGGAAGAACUCAUCCACUUGCAGAAACAGGUGAAAAAGGGGGCAAUUUCUGUGGAUGAAGCCCUUGACAGAUUUAAACAGUGGCAGAACAAAAAGCAGAGACUACCAUCCACUCAACAGGAAAAAGUUCAUUACCUGAGAGACACCACUAUCAGAAACAGACAAGAAAAUGAAAACCUGAAUGAUAAGUUUGAUUUUUCUGCCUUUAAGGAGUCUGAAGCCUUGAACUUCUACAACUAGGAGCCCCACAGACCAAGAACAGGUGCCUAAUUACCCAAGUGUGACUCUCCAGCCAGCUGCACAUCAGUUUCCUCUGCUUGGCAUCCCACACAUGCUCCAGCUGUGCCCUGACAGCCUCAGGCUCCAGCCCAUCCUCCUGUGACACCUCCAUGGGAUCACUGCUGCACCUCCAGU